AUGCCGCAGCAGCAGGAGCAGCAGCAGCAGCAGCAGCAGCAGCCAGAGCAGCAGCAGCCCGCCGAGCAGCGGCAGGCUCAGCAGGCACAGCAGGGCAGCCCGGGGGGCACCGCUCAUAAACGGCCGACCUCCGCGCCGCACCCCGCCCUCCCCCGC